AUUUGUUCUUCGACGAUCUUCUUCUUCCCCUUUUCAUACGCCUCAACCUCUCAGAAUCCCCUCUUUCCUUCCUUCUUCCUUCCUUUCUUCUUUCUCUUUCUUUCAUUUUCUCAGCUUAUAUACUUCUCAUCUUUCCCACCACAAAUAUUUCCCUCCUCAAAUCUCUCACUCUAUUCAUUAUUUUCCCCAGAUUUUAAUUCUGGUUCAUUUUCUUUGUGGGCUUCCAAACAAUCCCUCUCUGGGACUUCUGGAGCUGUAACUUUCAUUUGCGAGCAAGUUCUCGCUCUCCUCCUCCUCCUCCUCCUCCUCCUCUUUCUGGGAUUUUUUGCUGCUUUUCUGGUUUGAUUUUCCUUGGCCCCAAACAGGGGCAGAUCAUUAUCAUUGCAAUGGUUUUCAAGGCUUCUUUCAUUCUUGUUAUUCUCAUAUUAUAUUCUUUCUCUGUGGAAGUCGUUUCUGGAAAUCUCAAUAACAAUGGCUCUUCACUAGCCGCCAUUAAAUUACCUGACCACCCAAGCUUCGAUUCGAUUUCAUCUUCAAAUUCUGGGUGUGCCUUCUCGAAUGAAGAAAAUUUUGGUCGUUCAGAAGAUGAUGAAGAAGAAGAUGGGAGGAAGGCUUUUCAGUCACUGAAUCCAAACAUGGAAUCAGUGAAACUCCAUUUGAAGCACCAAUCUACGAGCAAACACACAGAGUCCAAAAAGUCUCUGGUUGAUUCUACAGUGAAGGACUUGACCAGAAUUCAGACCCUUCACGAAAGAGUCAUGGAGAAGAAGAACCAGAACACCCUCUCACGGCUGCAGAAAGCUAAGAACCGCCCAAAACAACCACAAAAUUCGGCGGCGGCUUCACCGCCGGAGUAUAUUUCAAGUGGGUAUUCCAGCCAGAUGGUGGCAACACUGGAAUCAGGAGUAACACUUGGCUCUGGAGAAUACUUCAUUGAUGUUUUUGUUGGUACACCUCCUAAACACUUCUCUCUCAUACUUGACACUGGCAGUGAUCUUAAUUGGAUCCAGUGUGAACCUUGUUAUGCAUGUUUUGAUCAAAAUGGACCUCACUAUAACCCUAAACAUUCAACUUCUUUCAAGAACAUAAAUUGCCAUGAUCCUAGGUGUGAACUAGUGUCAUCCCCAGAUCCUCCUCAGACAUGCAAAGAUGAAAACCAGACGUGUCCAUAUUUUUACUGGUAUGGAGAUAGUUCAAACACAACUGGUGAUUUUGCAUUAGAGACUUUCACUGUUAAUCUCACAAACCCUACUGGCAAAUCAGAACUGAAGCUUGUGGAGAAUGUCAUGUUUGGUUGUGGACAUUGGAAUAGAGGCUUAUUUCAUGGUGCUGCUGGGUUAUUAGGACUGGGAAGAGGACCAUUGUCUUUUGCUUCUCAGCUUCAAUCUCUGUAUGGCCAAUCAUUUUCCUACUGUCUUGUGGACAGAAACAGUGAUACAAAUGUCACAAGCAAGUUGAUUUUUGGGGAGGAUAAGGAUCUUCUGGGACAUCCAGGUUUGAAUUUCACAUCUUUUGUGGGUGGGAAAGAGAACCCAGUUGACACAUUUUAUUACCUUCAGAUAAAAUCUGUGAUGGUUGGUGGUGAGAUUCUGAAGGAGAUACCAGAAGAGACAUGGGCUUUGUCUCCAGAAGGUUCUGGAGGGACAAUCAUUGAUUCUGGAACAACUCUGACAUAUUUUGCAGAGCCCGCAUAUCAGAUCAUCAAGGAGGCUUUUGAGAAGAAUAUUAAAGGGUACCCUAGGGUUGAAGGUUAUCCUCCAUUGGGGCCAUGUUAUAAUGUUUCUGGGUUGGAGAAAAUGGAGCUUCCUGAUUUUGGGAUACUGUUUGCUGAUGGGGCUGUGUGGAAUUUCCCAGUGGAGAAUUACUUCAUCCAGAUUGAACCAGAAAAUGUUGUGUGUUUGGCAAUUUUGGGGACUCCUAGGAAUGGUCUUUCCAUAAUUGGAAACUAUCAGCAGCAGAAUUUUCACAUUCUGUAUGAUACCAAGAAAUCCAGACUUGGGUAUGCACCAAUGAACUGUGCUGAUGUAUAGCAGAAACACUGAAUUCCAAAGGGUAGUUUUUUCCCCCCUUUUUCUUUUAAUUAAAUUUGUUUAAAUAGGUAUACUUAUAGAAGGUUCAAGGAUUUUCUAAAGUGAUUGAUUGUAAAAUUUUUGUAUAGUUCAAGGAGAUAGUAAUACCAAAGGUUCCAACUUUUUAUA